AUGUGCUUCGGCCUCAGCUCCUCCAAACCCGCGAAGCCCGGGCUUUUCCCACCUCGCCGCGGCCAAUACGGAGACAACUACAAUCAAUAUCUUCGUGAUUACGAUAAAUACCAGAAAUCCAAAAAGGAAUAUGCGGAGUGGAGUCGGAAGCGCAAUCGCAGGCGCAUGGCGAAUGGAAAUAUCGCUACCCUUGGUGCUGGUGUUGCGGUUGCGGGUGGUGGUGGGGCGUGA